AUGCUCGCCCUCGCUCUCCUCCCCGCCGUUGCCCUGGCCGCUUACGUGCCCUCUGACGCCGAGUUCGCCACUGCCACUAUUGCCACCCACCACGGUGCCAAGGAGGCCCCCUACAGCGCCAUUGGCCCCGAUGCUACCUGGACUGCCAACACCUCCGUGAUCGCCACCACCUCUUCCAAUCUCGUCUUCGCUCCCCAGGACGCUGAUGCUACUGGAUCCGAUUCCCAGCCCGCAUACUUCCCUAAGGCAGCCACCCACCACAAGAAGAACGCCGGUGCCAUGAAGACUGCUGCUCCCAUCGCUCUUGCUGCCGUUGGCCUGCCCCUUCUCUUUUAG